UUUGGGGAGAAGAAAAUCAAAUCGAAAAACGUUAAUCAGACUAUACUAUCUUUCCCCUUGUAUUCAUUUUAUAAAUAAAAAGCAAUUUGAGUUGAGGUCUAGGGUUUAACGAAAAUGGCGAUGACACAGUGGUGCAGCACAGCAGCGAGGAGAAUGAUGACGAUGGCUGCUAUGGAACAACGAAUGACAUACUCAUCUGUGACGUCAUCAUCAUCAGAUGCGAUCCUGUGUGGUCGAGGGGACAAGAGGACAAAGAAAGGGAAGAGAUUCAAAGAUUCAUAUGGAAAUUGGAGACCUAAAAAGGAGAAGAAGAUUGAACGCAUUAAGGAUAAAGUUGAGGUUCCCAGGUCUACCCCUUGGCCUCUUCCCUUCAAAUUAAUCUGAUUUCCUUUAAUUCUGGCCUUGUUUUGUUUUACUAUGAUGUGUAUUCACCUCUUAAGACGUUUAGGUAUUAUUAUCUUAUGGCAUUCUAGAAUUAGGAGUCUAGGGUUUGAGAAUGAUUUGCUAAAUUAUAUUGGUUAGUUGAUGUCGAAACUCAUGAACUACUCCUUAAUCCCAAUUUAGUUGGGGUUAGCUAUGUAGUUUUGACUAUUGAACUAAUGCCAAGACUCCUUUUUUUAUCCGGUUUCGGGACUGUUAUGCUUUCACAUGUACAAUUUUAGUCCAGAAAGCUGAAGAUCCAAAAUGGGAUUAGUUCGGCUACAUUUUAAAGACUAGGCGUUCAGUAUUGUGUUUUCAAUUGUUUUGUUUUGCAAUUUGCAUACAAAAGAGCUAUUAUAUGGCAUACUGGAAUUAGGAGUUGAGAAUAAAUUAUGAAUUAUAUUGCUGUU